CUCUCAUUUGCCUUAAUUGUUCCCCUUGAGGAUAUUCAACCUCGCGAGCCCAAAGAAACACGAUUAUCACGCCUCAUUCGACUAACUUUCCGACUUCCGAGCUUCACAUUUAUCGUAAUAACCUGAAAAUCACGCUUUACCAAGCAUACUAUGACAUCAAUAAAUACGUCCAGGGCGACGGCCCCGGGGCUUAAUCAUGGACGCACUGUUCGGCUUGGCAGCGACCUUUCAGCUCCGGCCAGUAGAAACAAGGCCGACGACACUCGAUCAUCGCAUGCGGGACAACUAGGACAAGGCUUUGGAAGUGCAGGAGCAAGUUGGGCCGGUGGAGGAAUCUGGGGCAGUGGCGCUCUAAGAAGUAGCUUUGGGACCGAUCAAACUGAAAUGACGCGCAAACGAGAAGACCGAUCGUCCUUCCUGAGCUCAGCUGGUGCUCCAUUCGACAGCAAGACAGGCUCCGGCUCCCUCGUCGCGUCGUCAGAAUCAGAUACAUGGGGUCGUCCAAGCUUGUCGUGGAAGGCUGCCGAAGCCACCUCACCGCCCAUGACCACUGGCCGGCUUCCAGAUCCUACAAAUUCUCCGCCUCGGCAUCGCAAUAGCAAUCAGAGUGCUGGAGGAGCCAGCUUCUCGGAUACCGCAGGCGCGACGUCGCCGUAUUUUUCAGUUCCUCGCCAAGCUGCAAUCGGACCCGGAAUGACGGACCCUUCCCCUCGCAAGAGUGCACUGGAUCCUACGACAGGAAGCUUCGUCACGUCUCGAACCACGGAUGACCGCACCAAUAACUUUGGAGGCUUUCAGCGUUAUACUCUAGAUUCGACCAGUCGCCGGCACCCCAAUGCCAUUUUAGAGGCACUUGGAGGAGAGGACUCCGUGCAAGGCGCUCGUGCAGAGCGUAUGCCCAACAAUGGAGACUUUUUGGGGCCGGCGUCCUCGGUGACAACUUCUCGUAGCGAAAGUCUCCCACCCUCUAGGAGUGGCGUUGAGUCAAUACAGUUUGGAAUGGCUUCGCAAGAGCUCCCUUCCUUUACCCGCUUCGGCCAACCCUCGACCUCCUUUUCUGCACGCCGACCAACCAUGUCUGGGGACAAGACAGGCUUCGCUGCCUCUCCGAGCGGGCAAACCCGGUUUGACGAGGCUUCCCAGGACCAAGAUAUCGUUUCCAAUUUUGCCCGAGUAUCUCUGGCCGAGAAUUUCCAACAGCAGCCCACUUUGGCAAACAAUUUCUCCCAGUGUUCCUCUCAAAUGCCUUUCAACGACGCGGGUUAUGCUGGCACACUACAGGCCGUAGGUAACCAGCAGAUUUGGGGUCUCGAUGAGACAGGAUACCGUAGUGGACUUGGUUCUUUCACUCCGGACGCGUUUUCUGAAGCGCCGUUUACCGACCAAAUGAAGAACGGUCGAGGGUCACGAUUUGGCGAGGCGGGCGCCACUUCCCCGGCAACAAGCCAUCACCGUCGUGGUCUGAAGAGUCCUUUUUAUUCGACUGGUGGCACACCUCCAAGCGGCUCCGACCCUUCGCGAGCCUCUCCGAGAGGCACCCAGAGCCGCGUACAGGCCCCUGGCCAUUAUGCUCUGCUUGACUACAAAUUACGUGGUCUUCAACAGGAGCAACAGAGUAGCUUCUUGCAUCCACAGUCCGGUACUAUGAUGAACCAGCCAUAUCGAAACCAGCUGGCUCCUCAAUUUGAGGGUGGUGUUCAAAAUGGUAUGCGAGUAAACAAUCUCUCACCUUACUACACAAUUGCACCAGUGGGGGCUGUGGCACCUGGGACUGUCCCUCCGCGCGCUCCUCGCGAUCAUGAUUACGGCCACAAUCUCCGCAGUGCUUUGCUUGAAGAGUUUCGAUCCAAUGCGAAGACAAGCAAACGAUAUGAAUUGAAGGACAUUUACAAUCAUGUUGUCGAAUUCAGUGGCGACCAACAUGGAUCUCGGUUCAUCCAGCAGAAACUCGAAACAGCCAAUAGUGACGAGAAGGAUCAAGUUUUCCGCGAAAUCCAGCCCAACUCUUUGCAGCUCAUGACGGACGUGUUUGGAAACUAUGUGAUCCAGAAAUUUUUCGAGCAUGGAAACCAAUCACAAAAGAAGAUUCUAGCCAACCAGAUGAAAGGUCAUAUUCUCGCUCUUUCAUUGCAAAUGUACGGCUGUCGUGUUGUGCAAAAGGCUUUGGAGCAUAUUCUGACCGACCAGCAAGCCAGCUUGGUUAAAGAGUUGGAAAGUCACGUAUUUAAAUGUGUCAAGGACCAGAAUGGCAACCAUGUGAUCCAAAAAGCUAUCGAACGAGUCCCUGCAGAGCACAUCCAAUUCAUUAUCAAGGCCUUCAACAGCCAAGUUCAAAGCCUGGCUAUCCACCCUUAUGGCUGCAGGGUGAUUCAACGUAUGCUUGAAUUCUGCGAUGAGAGAGCCCAAGGAUCCAUCCUCGAGGAGCUGCAUGCUUGUACGGCAUCGCUCAUUGUUGAUCAAUACGGAAACUAUGUCACUCAGCAUGUUAUUCAGCAUGGAAAGGCUGAAGAUCGCGACAAGAUCAUUAAGAUGGUCAUCAAUCAAUUGUUGGUUUUCUCCAAACACAAGUUUGCCAGCAACGUGGUGGAGAAGAGUAUCGAAUUUGGCACCGAUGUGCAGAGAGCCGAGAUUGUCCGCACAAUAUCUACCCUCAACGAAAAAGGGGAAAGUCCGCUGCAGUCCUUGAUGAGGGAUCAGUACGGAAAUUACGUUAUCCAAAAAUUGCUCGGACAACUCAAGGGCACUGAGUAUGACAAGUUUGUGGAGCAGAUACAACCACAAAUGGCCCAACUUAAGAAGUACAGCUAUGGUAAACAGAUCAAUGCUAUUGAAAAACUCAUUUAUACUGCACCCGGUUCAGUUAACCAUUCGCAACCGGCAACUCCUCCGCCGCCGAAUGAUUCCAACACUUCCGGAGCUCCUUCACCCCCUCCCUUAGUGGGGGAUGCUUCAAGCCCACAGAGCAGUUCUCUACCAAGCACCAAUAACAGCACUGUUGACGGACCGGUUAAUGCAUUCCGCAAACAAGAGGAGCACCCGGCAGACGUGAAGAUUGAAGCUUCCACCUAGUCCUUAUCAGCUGAUUUGCCUCAAGCUGAUGGGAUAUACAUUGUUCUAUGAAUUCCCUGGUAUUUCUCGACUUUCUCCUGUUCUAUAUUUGCAAACGAUACCUUGAUACGACGCUUACGAGAAAUGGCUGAAAUUGCGGCGUCUGGGAA